AUGACCAAAGAAUCCCAGAGGUACCGCAUUUACAGAGACCACUCGUGCAUGAUUAAGAGUAGGCGCUUUGCAGUUUCCAAACCACCUCAGACAACUCCGUGUUCCAAACACAGCUUAAAAGAUGACAUUUCGGGCAAAGUAGCAUUAAAGUUCAAGCCGAGGUGGCGGCGUGGGGCGGGGCGGGCAGAGAGAGAAGGAAGGAGGUGGUGGUGCAGGAUGGCGGCGACGACCUACGAGCGGCUGAAGCUGCAUAUCACACCUGAAAAAUUUUACGUGGAAGCUUGUGAUGAUGGAGCAGAUGAUGUACUUACCAUUGACCGUGUGUCCACAGAGGUUACCCUUGCAGGUAUUUUAUAUGUGAAAAACAAUUUUUAUUUCAGUUGUGCGGAACAACUGGGCACAAUCCGUCUGGUGGCAGGUAAUUAUCUUAUUGUCAUUACCAAAAAGACAAAGAUAGGUGAAUUUUUCAAUCAUGUAAUCUGGAAAGCAACAGAUUUUGAUGUCCUUUCUUAUAAGAAGACAAUGUUGCACUUAACUGAUAUUCAGUUACAAGAUAAUAAAACUUUCCUAGCAAUGCUAAACCAUGUCUUGAGUGUGGAUGGAUUUUACUUUUCAACAACAUAUGAUUUGACCCAUACUUUGCAGCGGCUGUCCAACACUAGUCCAGAAUUCCAAGAAAUGAGCCUCUUGGAAAGGGCAGAUCAGCGGUUUGUAUGGAACGGUCAUCUUCUAAGAGAACUUUCUGCUCAGCCAGAGGUUCAUCGGUUUGCUCUUCCAGUGUUACAUGGCUUUAUUACCAUGCAUUCAUGUUCUAUUAAUGGAAAAUACUUUGAUUGGAUUCUCAUCUCAAGGAGGAGUUGUUUCAGAGCCGGUGUGCGCUAUUAUGUAAGAGGCAUUGAUUCUGAAGGCCAUGCAGCUAACUUUGUAGAAACAGAACAAAUUGUACACUACAAUGGAAGCAAGGCUUCAUUUGUACAGACUCGAGGAUCAAUACCGGUUUUCUGGUCCCAAAGACCAAACCUCAAGUAUAAACCACUGCCACAGAUCAAUAAAGUAGCAAAUCAUGUGUCAAGGGGUAGCAACACCAAGAGACUAGGAGUUUUGCAUGUGGGACAAAAGCUUGAAGAACAAGAUGAAUUUGAAAAGAUUUACAAAAAUGCCUGGGCUGACAAUGCAAAUGCUUGUGCCAAACAAUAUGCGGGAACUGGUGCCUUGAAGACUGACUUUACCAGAACUGGGAAGAGAACUCAGUUGGGACUCAUAAUGGAUGGCUGGAACUCACUAAUACGAUAUUACAAGAACAACUUUUCAGAUGGAUUUAGACAAGAUUCCAUAGACUUAUUUCUUGGGAACUAUUCAGUGGAUGAAUUAGAAUCUCAUAGUCCUUUAAGUGUUCCAAGGGAUUGGAAAUUCCUGGCCGUUAACCAGAAGGGAUCAGAGAAGCCACUUGAACAGAAAUUUGCAACAAUGGUGUCUUCCUUGGGAAGUGGAAUGAUCAGGUACAUUGCCUUUGACUUCCAUAAGGAAUGUGGAAAUAUGAGAUGGGAUCGACUAACUCUUUAUUUUUUUGUAUCAACAGGUGACACUUGGACAGAAACAUUGGCCUAUGUGCUCUUCUGGGGAGUUGCAAGCAUUGGAACGUUUUUUAUUAUUCUUUACAAUGGCAAAGAUUUUGUUGAUGCUCCCAGAUUGGUCCAGAAAGAAAAGAUAGACUGAAUUUGUGUUUGUGGAAAGCGGCUUGGCUUGGAAGAUUCCAUUAUGCAGAACUGGAGUCUUUACUGACCCGCUUUCCACAGCAGCCGAGGUCUUUGUAAUGCCUUUGUCCAAAAGCGCAUCUUGUGCUCUGUGUGAGGUGAUAACAGAAUUGAUCUGAUGUUACUGCCUUGAUGGUUUCUUUAUUAUUGGGAGAGUUAUAUUUAUAAUUUGAAGCUAUUCUAUAAUUAAAAUAUAACCUGAAUUCAGCUCACAGAAUAGAAGCUGAAUCUAUUCAUUAGAUUCUAUUCAUUGUCCAUUUAAUCAACUGUUGCAGAAUAAGUAAUAUAUUUUAAAAAAUCUAGCUUCUUUCUUUAUUUAAAACAGUAAAAUUAUUUUUCUAUCUCAGUUUCAUUAUUGUCAUUGUAGAAGCAGUCACUGUUAGUUAGCAGGCAUACUUUUCCACGUAUCUCUGGACUUCUCAUUAAAGUUUAAUGCUAAGCUAACUAUGUUUAUAAAAUGUAAGUCUCUUACAGACAUCAAGUAGUUAGGUGAUAAUCUGUGACUUCAUGGUAGGGAAGAGGGGAAUGGGGUCUGGGGCUCUUUGACAUUUCCAGCAGGCUGCCUCCUGACUU